AUGUUGUUGUGUUCUGGGGACAAACACGGGGGACUGAGCAGGGAAGGGUCUGACCGUGUGGCAGUACUGAAGGCUACAGGGCUUGUAAGGAGUUACACUCUCGAGUGUUACUACAAUACAGGCCAGAUGGUGAAUGUGUGUUCUGGGGACAAACACGGGGGACUGAGCAGGGAAGGGGACAAGCACGGGGGACUGAGCAGGGAAGGGCCUGGCCGUGUAGCAGUACUGAAGGCUACAGGGCUUGUAAGGAGUUACACUCUCGAGUGUAACUACAAUACAGGCCAGAUGGUGAAUGUUGUUGUGUUCCAGGGACAAGCACGGGGACUGAGCAGGGAAGGGGACAAGCACGGGGGACUGAGCAGGGAAGGGCCUGGCCGUGUAGCAGUACUGAAGGCUACAGGGCUUGUAAGGAGUUACACUCUCGAGUGUAACUACAAUACAGGCCAGAUGGUGAAUGUCCUGCCUCCCACUCAACGAGAUACUCUGGAUCGUAGGAGCAGCACAUUGCUAGUUCCUCCAAAGUACAACCCUCAAGUUUAUGAAGAGGUGGGCAAAGGCUUGUGCUACUCUAUAUUGGAUCUUACGGGAGCUAACCCGAAUUCUCGGCUUGGAAAUUCCGAGUUCAGGACGUUGUGUGGAGUCAGAGAGUGGUUGAGAAAGUACGUGUCGGUAUCGGAUCCAGGUCCACACCCCAAACCUCACAAUCAGGGCUCUGAAAGCUUGGCUUAUACCCUCACAUUAGAUGACAAUAAUCCAGAUAAUGCAGAUUCAUUAUCUUCCUCAAACAAUCUAAGCAAUUUUACUCAGGUACGAUUUGGUAUAAGGCUAACUCCUAUAGUCCGAUGUGAAACCUAUUUCACCCCCCGCUCCAAGGAAAACACCGUUUGA